CGUCUCCAGCGCCUCCCCCCUUGCCCGCCUCCCUCCCCGCCGAGCGCAGCGCCCCGAGCAUGGAGCCUGCCUGAGACGCUCCGGCGGCUGCUGCUGCGGCACAACAUGGAGGCGGCGGCGCCGCCGCUCCUGCUGCUGCUGCUGCGCCUCCUGGCCGCCUCCCUGCUUCGCUGCCAGCCCGGCCCGGCCGGGGCAUCUCCCUUCCUGCUUUUUGCCAACCGUCGGGACGUUCGACUCGUGGAUGCUGGAGGCACGAAGCUGGAGUCCACUGUGGUGGUCAGUGGUUUAGAGGAUGCUGCUGCGGUUGACUUCCAGUAUUCGCAAGGCAUCGUUUUCUGGACAGAUGUGAGUGAAGAAGCCAUCAAGCAAACCUACAUUAACCAAACUGGGAAUGUGGUGCAGAAUGUCAUCAUUUCUGGUCUGGUUUCCCCGGAUGGCCUGGCAUGUGAUUGGAUUGGGAAAAAACUUUACUGGACAGACUCAGAAACCAAUAGGAUAGAAGUAGCUAAUCUCAAUGGAACAUCCAGAAAAGUCCUCUUCUGGCAAGACCUUGAUCAGCCCAGGGCAAUAGCUUUGGAUCCGGCUCAUGGAUACAUGUAUUGGACUGACUGGGGGGAAACACCCAGAAUAGAACGGGCAGGAAUGGACAGCAGCACACGAAAAAUAAUUGUUGAUUCAGAUAUCUAUUGGCCAAAUGGACUCACAAUUGAUCUUGAUGAGCAGAAACUUUACUGGGCUGAUGCAAAAUUAAGUUUCAUUCACAGAGCGAAUCUGGAUGGUUCCUUUAGGCAAAAGGUGGUUGAAGGUAGUCUUACUCAUCCGUUUGCACUGACGUUGUCUGGGGACACUUUGUAUUGGACGGACUGGCAGACGCGCUCCAUUCAUGCCUGCAACAAAAGGACGGGAGAGAAAAGGAGAGAAAUACUAUCUGCCCUGUAUUCGCCAAUGGACAUCCAGGUCUUAAGUCCUGACCGGCAGCCCUACUUUCACACUCCAUGCGAAGAAAACAAUGGUGGUUGCUCCCAUCUGUGCCUGCUAUCUCCCAGAGACCCCUUCUACAGCUGUGCUUGUCCCACUGGUGUGCAGCUAGAAGAUGAUGGCAGGACAUGCAAAUCAGGUGCUGAAGAAGUCUUGCUGCUUGCUAGAAGGACGGACUUGAGAAGGAUUUCCUUGGACAUGCCGGAUUUCACUGACAUUAUUCUGCAGAUAGACAACAUCAGACAUGCAAUAGCCAUAGACUACGAUCCCGUGGAAGGCUACAUCUACUGGACCGAUGAUGAUGUCCGGGCAAUUCGUCGGGCGUACCUUGAUGGCUCUGGAGCACAGACUCUGGUAACCUCAGAAAUCAACCAUCCAGAUGGUAUUGCGGUGGACUGGGUGGCAAGGAACCUGUAUUGGACUGACACUGGAACAGACCGCAUUGAAGUGACCCGGUUGAAUGGGACAUCAAGAAAGAUCCUUAUCUCAGAAAACCUAGAUGAACCUAGAGCAAUUGUGCUCAAUCCUGUAAUGGGCUACAUGUAUUGGACAGACUGGGGUGAAAGUCCAAAGAUAGAGUGUGCUUAUUUGGAUGGCUCAGAGAGGAGAGUUCUGGUGAACACCUCCUUAGGUUGGCCUAAUGGCUUGGCACUGGAUCUUGAAGAGGACAAACUUUACUGGGGAGAUGCAAAAACAGAUAAAAUCGAGGUCAUAAAUGUUGAUGGAACAAUGAGGAAAACCCUCCUAGAAGAUAAACUUCCACAUAUAUUUGGGUUCACACUGCUAGGAGAUUACAUCUACUGGACUGACUGGCAGAGACGAAGCAUUGAAAGAGUUCACAAGAUAAGGGCUAGCAGAGACAUUAUUAUUGAUCAGCUGCCAGACUUAAUGGGCCUUAAAGCAACAAGUGUUGCCAAAGUGUUUGGAACUAAUCCAUGUGCAGAGAACAAUGGAGGCUGCAGCCAUCUAUGUUUCUUUACGCCCCAGGAGACCAGGUGUGCCUGUCCCAUUGGCCUUGAGCUGUUGAGUGACAUGAAGACUUGCAUCAUUCCUGAAGCCUUCUUAGUUUUCACAAGCAGAGCAGCCAUUCAUAGGAUUUCCCUUGAAACCAAUAAUAAUGAUGUUGCUAUUCCUCUAACUGGAGUCAAAGAGGCAUCUGCUCUGGAUUUUGAUGUCUCUGAUAACAGAAUCUAUUGGACUGAUGUUAGUUUGAAGACUAUAAGCCGAGCUUUCAUGAACGGGAGCUCUGUUGAACACGUGAUUGAAUUUGGGCUAGAUUAUCCUGAGGGAAUGGCUGUAGACUGGAUGGGAAAGAACCUGUACUGGGCAGAUACUGGAACCAACCGAAUUGAAGUAGCCCGCCUGGAUGGACAGUAUAGGCAGGUCCUUGUGUGGAAGGACUUGGACAAUCCACGGUCUUUGGCUCUUGAUCCUACCAAAGGGUACAUGUACUGGACAGAAUGGGGAGGUAAACCUAGGAUUGUUCGAGCAUAUAUGGAUGGAACAAACAGCAUCACUUUGGUGGAUAAAGUGGGUCGUGCCAAUGACCUCACUAUUGAUUAUGCAGACCAAAGGCUAUAUUGGACUGACUUAGACACCAGCAUGAUUGAAUCGUCAAAUAUGCUAGGACAAGAACGAGAAAUCAUAGCAGAUGAUCUACCUCAUCCAUUCGGAUUAACCCAAUACAGUGACUACAUCUACUGGACAGACUGGAAUCUUCACAGCAUAGAAAGAGCAGACAAGACCAGUGGGAAGAACCGGACACUUAUUCAGGGCCAUCUGGAUUUUGUGAUGGAUAUAUUGGUCUUCCAUUCUUCACGUCAGGAUGGCUUGAAUGAUUGUGUGCAAAAUAAUGGCCAUUGUGGUCACUUGUGCCUUGCCAUACCAAACGGAUUUAGGUGCGGCUGUGCUGCUCACUAUACCUUGGAUCCCAACAGCAGGAACUGUAGUUCCCCUACCAGUUUCCUGUUAUUUAGUCAGAAGUCUGCAAUCAGCCGAAUGAUACCAGAUGAUCAGCAAAGUCCAGAUAUCAUCCUGCCUAUGCAUGGUCUAAGGAACGUGAAGGCUAUUGAUUAUGAUCCCUUAGAUAAACUGAUCUACUGGGUAGAUGGACGUCAGAAUAUUAUAAAAAGAGCCAAAGAUGAUGGCACUCAGCCUUUUACUGUCAUGAGUUCUCCAAACCAAAGCCAGAAUCCCGAGAAGCAGCCACAUGACCUCAGCAUUGAUAUAUACAGCCAUACCUUAUACUGGACCUGUGAGGCCACAAAUUCAGUCAAUGUCCACAGACUGAACGGCGAGUCAAUUGGGAUGGUGCUGCGAGGAGAUCACGACAAGCCCAGAGCCAUUGUGGUGAAUGCAGAGCGAGGGUACAUGUACUUCACCAACAUGCAAGAGCGAGCUCCCAAGAUUGAGCGUGCAGCCCUCGAUGGCACAGAGAGAGAAGUGCUUUUUACCACUGGGUUGAUCCGCCCCGUAGCAUUGGUGAUUGACAACAAACUUGGAAAGCUUUUCUGGGUGGAUGCAGAUCUGAAGCGCAUCGAAAGCUGUGACUUGUCAGGUGCUAACCGCGUGACCCUGGAGGACUCCAACAUCCUUCAGCCGAUGGGACUGACAGUGCUGGGGAAUCACCUGUACUGGAUUGAUCGUCAGCAGCAGAUGAUUGAGAGAGUGGAGAAAACUAACGGAUACAAAAGGACUAGAAUUCAAGGCCGAAUCGCUCACCUAACAGGCAUUCAUGCUGUGGAAGAACUCGAUAUGGAGGAAUUCUCUGCACAUCCAUGCUCCCGUGACAAUGGUGGGUGUUCGCACAUCUGCAUUGCCAAAGGGGAUGGGACUCCAAGAUGUUCAUGUCCAGAGCACCUUGUGCUUCUACAGAAUCUCUUAACUUGUGGAGAACCUCCAACUUGUUCCCCAGACCAAUUUACCUGUGCAACUGGAGAAAUUGACUGUAUCCCAAUGGCGUGGCGAUGUGAUGGAUUUCCAGAGUGUGAUGACCAGAGUGAUGAAGAUAGUUGCCCCAUAUGCUCUGCGUCCCAAUUCCAGUGUGAGAAAGGACAAUGUAUUGAUGCACAUUUGCGGUGUAAUGGAGAAAUUGACUGCCAAGAUAAAUCUGAUGAAGUGGAUUGUGAUACACUUUGUCUGCCCAAUCAGUUCCGAUGUGCCAGUGGCCAGUGCAUCCUCCUGAAGCAACAGUGUGACUCCUUUCCAGAUUGCAUCGAUGGAUCUGAUGAGCUCAUUUGUGAGAAAACAAAACCAGCCUCAGAUGAACCACAACCCCACAGCAGUGCCAUCGGUCCUGUCAUUGGGAUAAUACUGUCCCUAUUUGUCAUGGGAGGAAUGUACUUUGUUUGCCAGCGAGUGGUGUGUCAGCGCUAUGCCGGGCCCAAUAGCCCCUUUCCACAUGAGUACGUCAGUGGAACCCCUCACGUCCCUCUUAACUUUAUCGCUCCAGGAAGUUCUCAGCAUGGCACUUUUACUGGUAAGGAUGGCAUCUCUUGUGGAAAGUCUAUGAUUAGCUCCAUGAGCCUCAUGGGAGGAAGCAGUGGUGCCCCCUUGUAUGACAGAAAUCACGUUACUGGAGCUUCUUCUAGUAGCUCAUCCAGCACUAAAGCCACUUUCUACCCUCAGAUCUUGAACCCACCUCCAUCCCCAGCUACUGAUCGCUCCCUAUAUAAUGCAGAGAUGUUCUAUUCCUCAAACAUUCCUUCAACCACGAGAUCUUACAGGCCUUACCUUAUACGAGGGAUAGCUCCACCCACAACCCCAUGCAGCACAGAUGUGUGUGACAGUGACUAUACUACCAGCCGAUGGAAGGCCAACAAAUACUAUAUAGAUUUAAAUUCAGACUCAGACCCUUAUCCCCCUCCACCCACACCUCGCAGCCAGUAUAUGUCGGCAGAAGAAAGUUGCCCUCCAUCUCCUGCCACAGAACGAAGCUAUUUUCACCUCUACCCCCCUCCACCCUCUCCUUGUACAGACUCCUCAUGACCUCAACAGAAGGAACUUUUCCUGUAAAUAUUUUUAAAUAUGAACAGAUUUAAAAUAUAUAUUUUAUGAUUUAAAGUUAAAUAGGGGUGGGAUUUUUUUAAAAAAAAAUGUGAAUAAAAAUGGGUGGGAGGGAUGGGGCUGUGAAAAUUGUACAGAGGAAGAAUAUUUAUAAAAUUGAUUUUUUUAACUUAAUUUCCAUUCUUUUGUGCCAUAUUUGCCUUUUGAAAUCUUGGAACUGAGUUAAUCUCCAAAGGACUGGAGGGUGGGGGGAGGAUGUUGAGCUUUUUUGAAUUGUGUCACCUUUUUAUAUGCAAAAUGUGUGUAAUUAUUUUUGCUAAUGUGAGAAAACAAAGUUAAGUGGCUUGUGGGAGGAGGACACUAAAGAAAGACUAAUAUUCAUGGAAAAGACAUGCUUAAAUGUCUUGUUUGUCAGUAUCUCAUCCUUUCUCCACCACUGGGUCAAAACAUGCAAAGAGUACCACCGUCAUAUGCUCCUAUUUCAAGUGAGCUGAAUGCUUCCCAGCAGAAUGUGUAUACAGAGACUUGGAUUUUGAACCUCACUCUCCAUUUGCUCAGCACUGAACUGAAAGAGUCCUCAAUUUAGCCAAACCUUCCAGCUUAAUUAUGCCCACAGUUGUGUCCUAACUGAUGCCAACAGUGCCUGUUAUCAGUUCUGGAACUGAGUCUAGCUAAAAAGAUAUCCAGCCCCCAAAAGCUUAUUUUAGCUCCAGUCAGUUCCCCACUUUGAAUGUGUGGUAGUAAAAGCAGUUACACUGACCUGUCAUAGAGAUCAAGGGGCUCUUAAUGUAGUUUUUAAGCAGAGAGAAAUGCCUGAUGAGCUACAGCUUUGCUCAGACUCACCAGUUUUAAUGGUGAUGAAACCAGGCUCCUUCAUCCUUUUCUAGCGGCCACUUCCCUGUGAGGCUUUGGUGACUUGUCUGAGAAGGAGCUGUGAUAGUCAACUGCUUCUCAAAAACCAGUGGUACUUCAGUUUUUACCCAGAAGUCCAGUAAUUCACUGUGCUGUGUCUCUGAGGUGUUUACGUGUGUUGAACUGAUCAGAGAAUUGCUUCGUCUUUGAUGUUCAUUUCACAAAGUGGGAUGAUACAGUGACCUGUGUUCAUUUAAAUGAGAAAGCUGUUGCUUAUUAAUCUGUGUUUGUAGAAAACAUUACCUGCCUAGCUCAAAAACAAAACGCCUGCCAUUUGAACAAUUUAGUCAUGUCAUCAAAAUUUUCCACCAAAUUUGUUCAGGUUUAGAAACAUAAAAAGCACAGGAAUUAGAGAAGACAUAUUUCUAAUUCUCUUAAUAACAAUAAAACAACAAAACUCUCCAACAAACUGCUGUAUCCUCAGGACACCAUGAUCAGUGAAGUGCUCAUGCUUCCAGCUCCUACCAAAAAAACCCUUUGUGAAUGCGGGGCUAGAAUCUGUGCCUUUAACAACAUUUUUUUUUUUUUUUGUUGCUUUGAUUCUUCUCUUGCUGUAACAACAAGGAUUGGGUAUUGCGUGUCACUCACAAAUCCAGCUCUGAUGAUGAUAAUGUGAGUGCCUACCUGGACAUCUGAGGGAAGAUCUGAAUAUGCAGACCUGCACCUGUUUCUGCAGCUGCUGAGUAACAGACGUGUUGGGUCUUUGACAGCUUUAAUAUUGGUGGCAAUGAUGAAAAAUUUUUCUUUUUUGAAUUUAAUUCAAAAUUGAGUUGGGGUCUUAGGGGCUGGGACUACAGUGUUCUGAUCCAGUUUGUGUUUACAGAUUUGUUAGUCCAGAUCUGUCUCCCGACCUACGUUGCUCAAGGAUAAUAUUUGUACUGGCACUGGUGUAUUACUGAAACUUUUUAAGUAGCCUUUAUUAACUUCAUGGCUGAGAUUCACGUUUGGCAAAAAGAUAAUGCCCACCAUUUUCUUUGUGGAGAAAAAUACAGAAUUGGAGAAUACAGUAUUGGAGAUAGGAGUUUAAGAACAGGUUAUCUUCUCCCAUCCCCUUUCAACAUUAGUAACUAUAGCGUGCCAGGAGAGACAAGGCCAUAGCUUGUAACUCUAAGGAUGACUUGGCAGACCUCUGAAAAAGUGUCAAUGAUUUUUUUUUAUUUUUUUAUUUUUUUUUAAAAAAAAGAACACUUUCAUGUGAUCAUGUUUCAGUGAACUAAAUCAUGACUUUAGAUCCACAGAUAUUUUAUGUAUCACAUCAGUCAUAUGAAGGAAUACUUGUUCUGCGUUACAGCAGUUGGUCUAAUUUCACAUCAUCUGUAGUUCUGUGUGUAACCAUUUGCCACUUACAAUGAAUGCAUUAAUUGUUUCAUGUUAGAGUUCUAGCUUAGGACCACAUCACUAAUUUUCCUGUGUUCCUGUGAUGACACUGGAUGAAAAAUUACUUUGUUUUUUUAAUUAAACCACUGGUCAUUUUAAAGAGCCACAACUGUAGCAGUCCUAACCACUUCAUCUUGUAUCCUAGUACAAAGUUUGGAGUUGAGUCCAAGAAAAUUAUCGGUCUUACUAAGAAUUAAACUGUCUUAAGGGUCAAAUUCUUUUGGGCCUUAGGUAUUCAGUAGGAAGCAAUCACUUUCUGAAUGGAAUGAAUUAAGCAUGAAUGAAUGAAUUCUUUUAUUUCAGUUGGACAUUUAGAUCCUCUUGCUGCUGAUAUUUGAUGAGAAAUCACUUCAUCUGAGGGACUUGAGGUUUUGUGAUCAGAGUCCAAGUCCCUCUCUGUUCCAUACUAUUGCUUAAAAGCCUUUCUAAAAAGAACUUGUAUGCAAAUUUAGCAUCAAAACAUUUAAAUACUAAAAUAUUACUUUUGAUUGCUGUAGGCCUACUACCAUAUAAUGGAUUAAUGCAGUCCUGGUGUCAGAAAAUAUAUUUGAAUAAGAGGAGCUACUUCUCCCCAGAAGUAUCUCUCAGCAAAUUUUUAGUAAAGUGUGGUUUCUAUCCUGUGAACUUUCAGGCUAAAACUUCAAAAACAGAUGCUAGUUUCUUCUAGAUCAGGACGAGGGAAAGAGUUGUAUGGAAUUAUUGAAUGCAUAUGAUGAAUUGUAGCAUUUCAGGGCUAAACAGGAAAUAAGUGGGGAAGAGCUGUCUAAUUGAGGUUUAAGCAUAAUUCCACUACUGCAAAAAUGUAGUCUGAGAAAGCAGGCUGAAAUAUCCCAGGAGUUCUGCCCUGAGAACCUGCAGGGGAAUGCAUGCAACUAGACUAUCUGUGUGAACUUGUGAGUACUUGUAUCAGUUUAUUCAAAUGUUUUCCAAGCCCAUUAUGACUACAUAUCACCACUUAAAGCAGCUCAGGAUGUAAUAUAGAACAGUGUCUGGAUGGCAGCUAGUGAUAGGCAAAUGAUCUGGUUGGUUCAGUGUCACGUUGAAAGGACAGAUGUCCUAGCAGCUGAUUUGCCUUCCAGUGCAGUCAUAAAAGCUGCUACUGGGGACAUCUUCUCUUUUUGUCCUGUUCGCAGAACAGAUGUAGCAGCAGUGUGAAACUGUAAGAUAAAUAGGCAGACUUAAAAUUAAAUCAUGGUCUUCAGAACUGAAGUAUCCUUUAAUUUCAAGUAAAGGGUUUGUGUAAGUUAUGCAUGGACUUCAACUGGACUGAUCAACAGACACUGCACCCUGAAAUUUACAAUGGGUGUCAUUGAUUUGUUCACGACUGCUGGAUGAUCUUGAGGAAACUUUGUUUGCACUGCCUAGUUGUUUUAGUGUUUCAAUUUGCCUGCUUGGACAGAUUGCUAAAGAGCACUCAAGCUAAGAUUAAGUCUGUAUGUACAACAAACUGUGUUUUCUUUAGAAUAACGUCAGAGUACAAAAUGUCCCAAAAACGAACUUGUGCCAUUAUCAUCAUGAUCUAAAGAGGAAAAGUGAAAUAAUUGAAAAUUUUCUUCUCUUUCAAUAAUGGGUUUGACUUUUUGGUAAUAAAGUUUGAUCACUCUGGUUUGCAAA